AGGCUGCCGUCGACAUAUCUCGUUCGCACGAAGAGGGAGGAGUGAUGGAAGCCCUGCAGAAGCUGGAAAGGGUUCAAAGCCUGCUGUCGUUGAUGGAGGCUCGAGGCCUCUCCUCCAGCCAUCGAGACGCCGAUCGCUUCCUCGCCGACUUUGUUCUCUUUCUGUUCAUGCAGGUGCAACCAUGCGGGAUUCUCACUGUGGAGGACAGAUGCAGAAUAAUUUCUGAUUUUUUACCAAAGACUUCAUCUGAGGUUCUUGAAGAAGCUUUUAUCUUUGCCAAUAAGGAAGGCAUAGAAAAGAAAGAAAACAUUGGAUACAAUCUGAAAUUCCAUUGCCAACAGAUUCAUACUGGGCCUUCGUUGCAGUCUUCUGUGGAAAAAGACCUGGAUAUUGAUUUAUCAAAAAUCAAAGAAAUACCUAUGAUUGGGCUGGAUGCAAUGAAACAAGCCAAUUCCACCUUGGAGGAUUUUUGCAGGUCUUAUUUUAUGUUUCAUGGAUUGGAUGCUAGCAAACCAAGGGAGAUAUUUAAGUACCUUCCCAUUCUGUCCUUCACCGAGAGCUACAUAUAUCAGUUAGACACUUUGAACGAGAAGGCUUUGCAUUUAUCAUCUAAGGUUGCAACAUCACCAACAACCGAGUUGAAUAAUUUGACCCAUCUGUGUAAUGAUGUUACGUAUCAUAAUGUGAGAAACAAUACAAAUGAAUUUUGCAGUGCUGAUCCUCUUAUUCGCCUUCUACAGUGUGAAGGGCUUUUAAGUGAGCGGAUAAGAAAAGAGCUUAAUUCAGGUAUUGAGUACUGGGCACUUGAAAGGAAGUUAUGUCAUGCAUUGUCAGGAAAAAAGAAGAAUUUUGUUAUUCAGAUACUAAUGGAAGAUAUUAUGAAAGCAAUUCAUCUAAAAUCCUUUGAUUAUCGAGUACUGAACCUUUUGUUGUACCAAUUGAGAGGCCAACAGGUUAAUGAGCUACAUAUGGAGUUUCUAUCAGUUUCAGAGUUUCUAGUUGAGAUCGCAGAUGAUUUGUAUGACUAUGAGGAUGAUGUAGUAGAAAACAGCUUCAACAUAUUACGUAUGUUUGUGGGGGUUUAUGGAGCUUCAACAUCACCGAGUAUGUUGGCAAAAUGUAUCACCGAAGCCGAAGAAAAAUAUGAGCGCCUCAUAAGGACUUUGGAUCCUGAAUUGUCAUCAAGUUAUAGGAGAAGAUGUGAAGAAGCUACAAGAGAAGGAGGGGCGACUUCUGGACAUGCAUUUGGUACAUGGAAUAUACCUCCAGUAAUCGGUGAUGAGGAAUCCUUCAGAAUGGAAAGGUGAAAACAAGAUGCCACUGUCGCAUAGUUUGUUGAUUCGCUUGCCUCGGUGUGCAAAAAGCAUGUCAAGGAACAUGGAUUGCUGCUGCUGCUGCUACUCACCAAC